AUGAAGCUCUUACUCCUCGCUACUAGCCUUGCGUCCGCCCUUCUUGCGGUAGCGGCCACCCCCGUGAGUCGGCAAUCAAAGCCUGCUGCCUUCUUCCUCGCGGGUGAUUCCACGACGGCCGUCAACGGUGGCUGGGGCGACGGCUUCCUCGCCACUCUGCGGAAUGGCGCUAUCGGCCAGAAUAGGGGCCACAGCGGCGCCACGACGGCUUCAUUUGUCGCUGGAGGCGACUGGGGAAAGGUGUUGAACCUGGUUAAAAGCAACAAGGCCAAGUACGACUGUUACGUGGCCAUCCAAUUCGGCCAUAACGACCAGAAAUCCACCUCGGGCAUCAGCAUGUCGAGCUUCCAAACCAACCUCCAAAAUAUGGCCAACCAGGUCAAGUCGGCCGGCGGGACACCCAUAAUCCUGACGUCGCUUUCGCGCCGCACCUUCACCAGCGGCAAACUAGAUGAUAGCCUGGCCAACGUGGCCCAGGCGGCCAAGAAGGCCGCUGCGGCCGUCGGCGUCACCUUGCUUGAUCUCAAUGACGCCUCCAAGAAAUAUGUUCAAGCCAUCGGCCCGUCCAACGCUGACAAGUACAAUCUCUCCAACGGCGACCGGACUCACAUCAACGCCCACGGCACCGUCGUUUUUGGCCGUAUGGUCGCCGACCUCAUUGUCGGCUCGAAGCCGGCGCUAUCCACCUAUAUCACCCCCGACGCCGCCCUGUCCAAGAAGAUUGCGCAGGGCGUCUACGCUUGA